GCUUAUAAAAGAUAAAUUUAAAUUCAUAAAAAUGGGAGCACAGAACUCUUCACCAGAAAACGGGGCUGUAUUAUUCGAAGAUGACUUAGAGAUUGACCAAGAAGUCCAUCCUGCCAUCAAGGAAGCUUUCCUUGCACAAGCGGAGAGACUCCCGAACGGUGAAUUAGGCGUCAGAGCUUCUAAGUUAAAAUAACGUUGAGCCAAAGCAUCUUCAGCAGAGUAUUCGGAAGAGCAGAGUGGGUUUCGACGAAGAAGAGGGCAUUAAAAGUCAUAAGCCAGUGAAGAACAUCCAUGCUGAACCUAGAGAGUUCAUCUGUAAGCAGGAGAAUCAUGAAAUUCAUGGCAAUUUCAUGUGAAAUUGCAAAAAUGAGAAUGAUGGCAAAUUCAUAGAAGAUGAUUUCAGUUCUCCCAAUAAAGAAGAAUUCCUCUCCUAUGAACAAUAUGUUGACCUAAUGAAUGAGAGAAUGGGAAUCGAGAAGAACAAAAUGAAGGGUACUGAUAUCGUCUUUGAGUCAAAGUCAAGCAACGUAUCGUGCCUAUUCUGGCCAUACUAA